AUGCUCCCUUGUCUCCCUCAGCCAACUAUACUGCCCCCCGGCCAUGUCUCCCAUUUCCGUAGAUCCAUCUUCACAGUUCCUGUCGAGCUUGCCCAGCAUAUUCUUUCCUUUUGCCAUCCAUGGGAUGUAGCAACUUUCUCACAGACUAGUCGCGCUGCCUAUGCUCUCGUAUACCACCCCACUGAUCAGUAUCUCUGGCGCCAGCUCUUCGCCGCCUAUCCGUUCGAUUCCCCGCAUUCCAUAGCAGAUAUUGCCUGCAAAAGGGAGAAAGUCGACUGGAAAGGGGAGCUGACUAGUCGCAUGAAGGUGGAGCGGGUUCUUUUUGACGGGCCAAUGACCUCGUCCGACAAGCAGCACGUCCUGCGCACUCUGGUCACAGUCAUUGAGGACUCAUCAUGGGCCGCAUCACAGUAUCGCUCUGACUGCAAUAUAAAAUGGCUGAAACGGCUCGUUCAGCAUUCUAGUCUCCUUCAUAAUAUUUAUUCAGUGCCAGAAACCCAGGACGACGCACAGGAUUAUGCCCGACUGAGGGCAUAUCUUGCCCUCUCUGUCAUCGAUGAUAGGCAUAAUAUGCCUGCACAUAUGAAGCUUCUUGACAGGCGCGAUUACAGCCGGGCUUAUGUCUAUAACCUGCUUAAUUAUACUGCAGAAAAUAACUGGGGUCCCAUCCGACAGGAUGGAAGUGUUGAUUGGAUUCAUGCCGAACAUUUAGUUAACGUAGUCGCUUUAAAUAUUCGCGAACUACCGGGCAAUUGGGCUAAAACGCGACCACCGACAUGCAUGGAAGGCCCUCGCACCUCCUCGUUUUCAUCAAUUAGAGAUUUCGAUGACUGGGCAGGCGUUGAAGGUACGCGAUAA